GGCAGAGCUGCUUGGGAUGUGCAGGAAGUGGUGCUGCAGGCUUUGUCGGUGGGGGGGUGGGAAUCUGAGCCAUUUCUCUGCGGACAGCAGUGUUUCAGAGUCUGGACAAGUUGCUGUUGAAUUUUGCAUGGGCUGCCAGGAUUUUGUGGAAGUAUAAUACUUUGUCAUUAUGAGAUGUCGUCUCUCGGUACCUCCUUUGUGCAAAUUAAAUUUGAUGACUUGCAGUUUUUCGAAAACUGCGGUGGAGGAAGUUUUGGGAGUGUCUAUCGAGCCAAAUGGAUAUCACAGGACAAGGAGGUGGCCGUAAAGAAGCUACUCAAGAUAGAGAAAGAGGCAGAAAUACUCAGUGUCCUCAGUCACAGAAACAUCAUCCAGUUUUAUGGAGUAAUUCUUGAACCUCCCAACUAUGGUAUCGUCACAGAAUAUGCUUCUCUGGGAUCACUGUAUGAUUACAUUAACAGUAACAGAAGUGAAGAGAUGGACAUGGAUCACAUUAUGACCUGGGCCACUGAUGUAGCCAAAGGAAUGCACUAUUUACAUAUGGAGGCUCCUGUCAAGGUGAUUCACAGAGAUCUGAAGUCAAGAAAUGUUGUUAUUGCUGCUGAUGGGGUGUUGAAGAUCUGUGAUUUUGGUGCCUCUCGGUUCCAUAACCACACAACGCACAUGUCCUUGGUUGGAACUUUCCCGUGGAUGGCUCCAGAAGUUAUCCAGAGUCUCCCUGUUUCUGAAACUUGUGACACAUAUUCCUAUGGUGUGGUUCUCUGGGAGAUGCUAACAAGGGAGGUCCCCUUUAAAGGUCUGGAAGGAUUACAAGUAGCUUGGCUUGUAGUGGAAAAAAACGAGAGAUUAACCAUUCCAAGCAGUUGCCCCAAGAGUUUUGCUGAACUGUUACAUCAGUGUUGGGAAGCUGAUGCCAAGAAACGGCCAUCUUUCAAGCAAAUCAUUUCAAUCCUGGAGUCCAUGUCGCACGACACGAACCUUCCUGACCAGUGUAACUCAUUCCUGCACCAUAAGGCGGAGUGGAGGUGUGAAAUUGAAGCAACUCUUGAGAGGCUGAAGAAACUAGAACGUGACCUCAGCUUUAAGGAGCAGGAGCUCAAAGAACGAGAAAGACGGCUGAAGAUGUGGGAGCAAAAGCUGACGGAACAGUCCAACACCCCGCUUCUCUUGCCUCUUGCUGCAAGAAUGUCUGAGGAGUCUUACUUUGAAUCUAAGACAGAGGAGUCAAACAGUGCAGAGAUGUCAUGUCAGAUCACAGCAGCAAGUAACGGGGAGGGCCAUGGCAUGAACCAAAGUCUGCAGGCCAUGAUGCUGAUGGGCUUUGGGGAUAUCUUCUCAAUGAACAAAGCAGGAGCUGUGCUGCAUUCUGGGAUGCAGAUAAACAUGCAAGCCAAGCAGAAUUCUUCCAAAACUACAUCUAAGAGAAGGGGGAAGAAGGUCAACAUGGCCCUGGGGUUCAGUGAUUUUGACUUGUCAGAAGGUGAUGAUGACGGUGAUCAGGAAGAUGAUGACAUGGAUAACAAUAGUGAAUGAAAGCAGAGGGCAAAGUAAUACAAUUGAAAAUGUCCGGGAAAACAAAAGAAACGUGUUAUCUCAGUCUGUACAAAAACCAGUAAGGAGGUAGAAAACCAAGCACUACAUUUUUAGGCCAAUCACAUUUAUAUGCCAGUCAUUUCUUUACGAUUUUACUUUGAUUUGUCUUUGCUUACAGAAAAGGGGUCAGGGGAUGAAGCCAAAAAGGUCUAUUCAAUGAAUCAGCAAAUGUGGUGCCUGAUUAUAGAAACUUGUGAUUCUAUAUGUAAUAUAGCAUUUUUUGACUAAUGACAUUCUGGCUCUUUAAAAAUGAACACAUUAUAGUUUGAUUUGAUUUGAUUUAUUCAGUUGCUUUAAAAAACGUACAUUUUGAACAAGCACUCUCAACUCCUAAUUCUUCUUUGACACUUGAUUUUCUGGUAACAUACUAUGUUUUUUUCCCUUAUGGCAAUACACCAUACUGUCAGAAAUAAUUGAUAGUGACUACAAAAUCCAACAAUAAAAAAAUGGAAAUGAAAGGAGGUUGUAACAAAUACUUCUCCAGAAAUACCUAAGUGCUGAGGAUUUUUAAUACUUAAUAGCACAACUACUGAAAGUAAAACCCAAGAGAUGUUUUCAGUAGUACGUUUGCAGGAGAAAUACUCUAACUUGAAACCAACAGCAGAUGUUGUGGCACUUUCAUACCAGUGCUCGCCCUAGAAGCUUCUUAACAGCACACUGUCAUCUAAGGCUUAGCUUAUACUUUAUACAAAGAGAAAGAGAGGGUAAGGGAUCACACUUCCAGGCAGUGUGAGUGUUAAUACGGGGGCAGGGGUGUAUGCGUGUCUGUUUGUUUUCCAGAGGGCCAUGAGAAUCCUGGAUUCUAAAUACAUGUAGAGAUAUUUUAAAGAUGGAACUAAAUAUUAUAAAAAGAAUAGCAAAGAUAAGCUGUCCUUACUUAGGCAAAAGUGCAGAAUGAAGGGUCCUUUUUAUAGCAGAUCUAGCCUUCCAAAUUUCUCUUUUUUUUAACCCUGACUCAGCCAUGCUGGUGUUAAAGAGAAAUAAAUGUAGGUGCUGCUCUGAAAACCUAGCUAGCCAGAGAGAUAUUCUCAGAACGUUAUCACAGAAUUGUCAAAGCUUGUUUAAACUAUAAAACACUUUAUUAAAAAACUACAGAACAUUUGUAGUUAUGUACAUACAGAAAGGCAAAAGAACAAAAAAAGACUUUUUUUUUGAGUCUAAAUUUGAAAGCAGUGCCAUUCAUUUGACUAUUAAACCAAAGUACUUUGGGUGGUUCUUUUUAUGGAAGAUUUUUUUUUUUUUUAAUUUUAUUUUUGGCUGCAUUGGGUCUUCGUUGCUGCGCACGGGCUUUCUCUAGUUGUGGCGAGUGGGGGCUACUCUUCGUUGUGGUGUGCAGGCUUCUCAUUGCAGUGGCUUCUCUCAUUGUGGAGCACGGGCUCUAGGCACACGGGUUUCAGUAGCUGUGGCACGCGGGCUCAGUAGUUGUGGCUCGCGGGCUCUAGAGUGCAGGCUCAGUAGUUGUGGCACACGGGCUUAGUUGCUCCGCGGCAUGUGGGAUCUUCCUAGACCAGGGCUCAAACCUGUGUCCCCUGCAUUAGCAGGUGGAUUCUUAACCACUGCGCCACCAGGGAAGCCCAUAGAAGAUUUAAGAAAGGAUAUCAUCAUAGAUAUUAUCUAAUACUAUUUUCAAGUAUAUUUGAUCAUAAAAAGCCUCCUGGAAUUUGAAGAAUGACAUGCUUCCAAUCCCCAUUAAGGGUGGAAAAAUACCACAAAAUGAUCAGUACUCUGUGCCAGCUUUAUUUAGAGAAAAAUUACUAAUAAAAUGUUCUGGGUGUGAAAUGUAGACCAGUCUGCAUAGAAUAGUGAUAAACAGAAGGAUCUGGAGUCAGAUCAUGAUUCAAAAUCGCUGUGCAAUCUUGGGCAAAUUAUUUAACUUGUAUGUCUGCUCACCUUUAACUUGAGAAUGGUAAUAGUACUUACUUAAAGGAUUGUUGUGAGGAUUAAAUAAAGUGAUACAUGUAAAGCAUUUAACACAGUACCAGGACAAUGGUAAGUGGUCAGUUAAUGUUAGCUACUGUUAACUAUGCCAGUGAAAAGACACUGAAAAAUAAGUGGUUUCCGUAACCUGGAAAAUGAAACUAUCAAUUUCAAGUGAUAUUUGCUGAGUAGGAUGAGAUGAAAGUUAAAGUGAAUAGCUUUCAGGAAAGAUAAAGAGAACAUCUUUAGAACGUAAGCUGUACGAGCCCAUCUACUCUGUCGCCCUUUGAAGACCAUGCACGUGGCAAGGUUUAGCUAGUCUGAGGUGUUUGCAGGCCCUGCUACCACCCACAGACCAGGCAAACACAGAAAGAAGAGGUAAACGUUUCCCCUAGAAGAUGGGUUCCCCACAUACCCAACCUGAUACACUUCCUAUGUCUAUGCACACGUAGACACAGAUACACACACACCGCAGUGUAUUGCUGGUGACAAACAGGUGCAAACAUAAAUAGGCAUCCUGUCUGCAGUCAGGCAUGGAGGAGUCCUCCUGGAUUCAAGACGAGCCACUCAAGCAGAAGAUCUUGGAGUGGAGCAGAGGGGAUGGUUUUCAGCUCUUGACUUCCCAGCAUGCCCUGGGGCUCUGUGGCCAUGUAACCUGAAGGAGAGCCAGAGACCAGGUAGUUCACAGCCUGUCGUUGCACAUCUUCCCAGGCCAAGGUACAGUCAUCCAUCCCACCAGUAUUCACUGAGCCCCUCCUUUGCGCCCGGUACCGUUCUAGGGAACAGCUAGAUGAAAAUCUGCACUUGCGGAGCUUACAGACUCACAAGCGGAGAUGGACAACAAACGGAACAGAUGCAUCAUGUAGUAAACACUUGAUAAGUGCACGCUGGGAAACGAAGCGGGGAAGGAUGAGGCCCAUAGGGGAGUGUUGUGGACUUUAAAGUGUGGUCAGGAAAGGCCUUGCCCAUAAUGGAAUCUCUGUGGGCUGAUUCUGGGAUCUGUGCACCUUAUGUAAGAGUGUAAACCUUAAAAAAAAAAAAAAAGGGGUGUAAACCUUGCCUCUCAUUUGAGAAUAA